UUGCUUAUAUUAAUAUUGUUUGAUCAUUAAAAACAAACAAACAGAAGUUCUCGUUCUCGCGAGGUUUGGGACGAAGUCCCGAGACUUGCCCUUGUGCAGUGACGUCAAGCGUGUUCGUCAGAGGAGAACCUGUAACAGAAAAGAAAAAAAAGAAAAAAGAAAAAGAAACCCGCAGAAGAAAUCUCACGCGUUGUCCCGGAUCAGAGCUGGAGCUUGUGCAGGUCUUCUGCGUCUGACUGCUGUCCUCUAAUGCACGCGGAUAGCACUGCACGCGGAGCUUGCGCGUAGUUGUUGUGUUUGUUUACAUCAAGCACUGAGCUCGAGAGAGCGGCACAGAAGUUUCCACUCCUCUACAGGAAUGUCCCAGAAGGAGAGACCGACUUUCUAUCGACAGGAGCUCAAUAAGACCAUAUGGGAGGUUCCGGAGCGCUACCAGAACUUGUCGCCCGUGGGUUCUGGAGCUUAUGGGACCGUGUGCCCCGCGUUAGACACAAAGACAGGCCUAAGGAUCGCAGUCAAGAAGCUGUCCAGGCCGUUCCAGUCCAUCAUCCAUGCCAAGCGCACAUACAGAGAACUGCGGCUCCUCAAACACAUGAAACACGAGAAUAGUCCACGAAUCUUUGCAGCCUCUGUAUGAGCGUGGGUGAAACUCUACACUGGAUCACAGCCACCUACUCACACUCUGUUGCUCUCUCCCUCCCUCCAUUUUUCUACUUGCACACGCAUUCGUGUUCCCUGGUGUUGUCUGUCUGUCUUACAGAUGUUAAUGUUUAAUAAACGCCUGAAUCCCUGAACAGAUCAGCGCUUCAGACAUCAAUCACCCUUUUUCAUAAUGUGAACUGUGGCAGCUGACAGGCAGCAUCCAUGCAGGACCAUAGUAAACACUAGCUGUUCUCAGCAGUGUAAUAUGAGCAAAACACAGCACUCUGAUGAAAUCUUGCAGCAAAGGGAUGUCAUAUGUGUGACUUUUGUGUG